AUGUCAUUCCAAAACAAACACGCGUCAUCGUCGUCAGAUAUUUUUAUGUCGUCACGAGAUCGCAAUCUUCCACUGGCUUGCGUUCUCUUCUUCAGUCCCAUCUCUUCCAAACCCAAUUUUUCGAUACGGCGCGAAAAGGCUCCAAGCACGAUGUUGCGCCUCAAACGAUUCGUCUCUCAUCACCGAAAGCCUCCAAUUCGGGACUCUUCUCGCAAUAGUUUCGAAGAUCUCUGUUUCACGGACAGGAAACUGUCCACAAACCCUACUAAGAGACUAUCUUGGCUGUCUCAAAGUCCUUCGAUUGACCAUGCACCACUUCGAAGAACCAACAGCCAGGCGACAGUACGAGCUUAUCAGAAUCGCACGGCAGCCGCAACUGCGCAUUCCUCCGCCACUUCUUUGUGCAGUUGUGAUUGCGCUGCGAAUCCAGCCGCGGUCGAGCUGCCUUUGUCAAAAGAAUUGCCCGCAUCAAAUGAACCCGAGAUUCUUUAUCUCCCUCCAUUGCCCCCAGAGAAAGCUUCGGACGAUGCGCAAACAUGGCGCCUCAUAUUCUCAGAUUCUCCAUCGCGAUCACCGGAAUCAAGUAUUUCGAAACCAGGCCGAAAGAAGAGCUCGACAGCGACAAUUGCUGCAGGAUCUACCUUUGACCUCAUUGGAGCUCUGGCGCUGGAAGCUCCGGAUGAGGAGAACACACCAACACAAAGCCUCAAAUAUACAUACGAUUCAGAUAUGGAAGACUUCUCAGAUAACGUCGAGCAAUUGAUUCGAGAAACCGACGCAGCAUUCCAGGCCGUUGGAAAUGCGUUGGCCGAUGCAAAGGCCGCGACUCGAGGCUGGGACGACGACGUACCUGUGGCACGCAAUGCUUCAGAAAUCCGAGGUAUCCCGAGAAAAAAUCCAAGACCGUCAGUAACUCCUCUCAAAACGCAAGCAUUGCGGUCAAUGUCCGUUGCCAAAAAGAAGAAGCCAGCGAAACGGAAUCUCUUAGGUAGGGCGCUGCGAAGUGUCCCUCCACCGGUUGCAAGUUCGCCGUCGAGAUGGACCCUGAAUGAUAUGACAACAAAUGUGGUGGAUGUGCUAAGCGGAAAGAUCUUUCGAACAGAGGUCGAUGAGAUGUUGACGCCCGGGAGACUGCAACAGCUGCAAGAAAGCAUCAGACUCUCUAUCGAGCACCGAGAAUCCGUAGAUGCAAUUCGUGUUGCCGAAGCAGAGGAUGAUAUUGACACACCAACAGAGCCCUUCUACCUUGAAAGUCUCUCCAAUCGGCUUGAUGCUGCUCAAAAGUGCGCUCCUCAUUUCCCAAGUCCGACCCUGCCACCCCCAGCAAUACCGCAGCGACAUCCAAAGAGACCUUCGAGACCUAACCCGCCACGAAAAGUCCAGUUCGCAGACAAUGACGCAGGAAUGGUAGUCAACGAAUUAACCUUCCCCUCACCACAACGCAUCUCCCGUCGUCCCUCCACCUCAGGAAACGUCCCUCGUCUCCCCACAAUCCCCGAGAUCUCACCCCUGACACUCUCACCCGCCAAGCAAUUCACCUCCGUUUCCUCCAUUUUCCAACCCUCUUCUCCACAGCCAGGAGUAGAAGAGAACUGCAUCUACCUCCCCUGCGCACCGUUCACUCUCACUUCACCCCUUUUCCGGCACGGGACUAUCAGAGUCCCGAUUCCAUUCCGAGAGCCGAAUACGAAGUCCGAUGAGGAAGCGUUGGAUUGGACUGCGUUCCAGAUGGCGAUUUCGGGGACGGGGAGGAUUGAUGGGUAUGCGGAUAGCUAUGAGACGGAGGAAAGAGAGUGGGCAGAAUUAGCAGGGAUGGAGCGGGAGGCGGAUGAGAUUUUGCACUGGUGGGCUGGGUUUGGGUAUCAGGGGUGGGGAAGGAUGGUUGGCGAUAAGAGUUUGAAAGUUCGAGGAGAACGACGAGAUAGUUUGAGGAGGAAGAGGAAGGAGGAUAUCGAGCAAGUUAGCGCUGAAGAAGUAGGAAUCUCACCGAGACCCAGCGAGUGUUUGAAGAAGAUUGUUGAUACAGAGAAAAUCGUGGUUGCGGAUACCUCAGCGAUUGGGAGUAUGAAUGAGGUGCAAAGAAAGGGGUCUCUUGCAGACAGUUUACCGCCAAGUCCAAUGCUGGAUUUUGUGGUCCCUGACCCAAGUAAGGAUAUUGAGGUUAUCCCGAUGGGGUUUAACUUGGGACAUGAUUUGGGGGAUUUCUUGAGAUGGGAGACGAAUCAUGUACAGACGUUGUUUUUAUAG